GCAAAGAAACACAAACAAAAUUUUCACUUCCCAGUUGGUAUCCAAAGUCUCUUUCUCUCUCUACAACCACUUUCUCUGAACCUUUUGGUCUUUUGGCUUCUCUGCAACUUUACUUUGUUGAGCUUUCAUUUACGGAGAGCCAAAAUUGCCUUCAUUUGUCCAAUUCAGAGUCUUUUUUAUAGAUCUUUAGAAAACUCUUUUUUUUUUUCCCGUUUCUGUUUCCUUUUUGGGUUCCCAUUUGAUGAGUGAUUGAUCUCGUUUUAGAGGAAACUAAAGAUCGUUUUGUUUUUUUGGCAACAAUGAAGUCUUCAAGUCGGCUUGACUCGGCUGUUUUUCAACUCACUCCAACUCGGACAAGGUGUGAUUUGGUUCUCUCCGCAAAUGGAAAGACGGAGAAAAUAGUCUCCGGUUUGGUUAAUCCAUUUCUUGCCCAAUUGAAGAUUGCGCGAGAUCAAAUGGCCAAGGGGGGUUACUCAAUUAUUCUUGAGCCAGAGCUUGGAACUGAUGCAACAUGGUUCACAAGAGGAACAGUUGAAAGGUUUGUUCGUUUUGUGAGCACUCCAGAGGUCUUGGAAAGCGUGUAUGCCUUGGAAUCUGAGAUCUUGCAGAUUGAAGAGGCAAUUGCGAUUCAAAGUAACAAUGAAAUAAGGUUGGCCAUGGUCAAAGAUCAUCAAACAAAAUCUGUGGAACACAUUGAAGGUAGCAGGCCUCUGCUGGAUUCUAAUGAGGAGAAAGCCAUUGUCCUUUACAAGGUGGGUGCACACCUAAUAAUUCUCAUACAAUGGUUUUUGACAGUGAGAGAAUUGUUAAAACACCUUCAGUGAGAGCAUAUACCAAGGCCAGUGUCAAAUCUCCAACG